AAUAACUGGGAUUUCGUCACUGCACUUACUCGUGUUUAUAAUUAAGUUGUGAGAAAUGUUGCCUUAAAAAUGAGGAACAAACACAGUUUUUCUCUUUCUGUGGCAGGACACACACCUGCAUGUGUCUGAUCUGAUUUCAGGCCGUUUCUUAUUCUAACGCAUAAACUCUGCAGUCACAUCGCUCGCUCGGUCUGGCCAACCGAACAAAGUGAGUAGCGGCGUUGAUCGCUACACACCGCGGCUCCGUGUGUGCAUGUGUGUGUUGUGGGCCAAUAGUCACUCAGUUACACAACUGCUUUCAGUUUCCGAGCCCUGCCUGCUCGCCUGGUGGUUCCCCGCCCACCGCUGCUCUCUGCUGCCUGCCUGCCUGCCUCUCUGCUGGGCGGACUGGGGCAGAUCCGAGCCGACCAGUUCCGUGUUUCUCUGCUCACCCAGUUCACGGAGCAGACCGUACCGGAGGACCGGACAGCGUCACGGUGGACAUUCCUGUCCAGCAGCGGCAUCCGUAACUCCGGGGACGACGGGAAAGUGAGCGCGGAGACUGUCCUAAAGUAAAUCCAGUUUGUAAGCAGAGCUCCACUGUCCCAUCCGUUGCAGGACUGCUGGUUCUUGAGGUCUCUGAAGGUCCUUUUUCAUGAUUCUGACUGCAUAAUCGGGCUCGCUGUCCUUCUGCAGAUUGAAUUUGCACGAUUUAAAAAAGGUUACUUCAUCAUGACUUAAAGGAUCACUACGCUGUCCCGUGUCAAGAGUAAAGACCACCAACGUUGAACGAGCUGAUGAUGCAAAAGACUCUGAACUCUCUGUAGCUCACCUGUGUAGCUCCAUGGAUUAAAAAGGUCCCUUUACCAGAGUCAGGGAGGAAGACGUGACGGCCGCUCUGUGGGAGUUCUGUGCCUGAUCACAUAAUCUGGACGAGCUUUUUGUAUUUUCUGUUCAUUUGGAGUAAUAUGGUUCAUUGAAGAUGGAAUAAAAUAUCAGUGGGAGUUAUUCCUAAACAAGGACUGACUGCAAAAUUCAAGAAUGGAGCAGGAUUUUACACAGUAGGAUCUCAUAUCUCAUAUCAGUUGUGGAUGGUGUAGGUACCUCGUAGGUACUACCCUGGACACGGUGGAUUUUACACACAAUUCAUCUAAAAACAUCUGAAGUGCAGCAGGCAGUAUUUGUCUGUAACUGGAAAAGGCUUCCUUUUUCUCACUGUUGCGAAUGGACGUCUGAGCCUUCUAAAGCUAGAAGGGGAUAUUUUCCAUCUUCUGUUUGGUGUCUCACAACAGGGAAAGCCCUCCAAACAUGUCCGGUACGGGAAGGAAGCACUUGGUCAGAGACUUUAACCAUUUCAUCACCUGCUACCUGUGUCGAGGUUACCUGAUUAAACCGACCACGGUCACCGAGUGCCUGCACACAUUCUGUAAGAGCUGUAUUGUGCAGCACUUUGAGGAGAGCAACGACUGUCCUAAAUGUGGCAUUCAAGUCCAUGAGACCAACCCACUCGAGAUGCUCAGGUUAGACAACACCCUGGAGGAGAUCAUUUUCAAGCUGGUGCCCGGACUCAGAGAAAAAGAGGAACAGCAAGAGCUCGAGUUCUGGAGGAAGAACCAGCCCAAAGAAAACGGCCAAGAAAACCUGAGGUGUCCACGGCUCGGGGUCCCCGAUGCUGGAGGCGACGCUGGUGAUGGUGGAGGCAAUGAGGCGGACGGUGCCGGCGAUGACGACUAUCACAGGAGUGACCCACAGAUCGCAAUCUGCCUGGACUGCUUACGCAACACAGGACAGUCGGGGGAGAGCACAGUCACGGAUUUGAUGAAGAGGUUCAUCCGCUGCUCCAGUAGAGUCACCGUGGGAACAAUUAAGAAGUUUCUCAGUCUUAAACUAAAGCUGCCGAGUUCCUACGAGCUGGAUGUUCUGUGUAACGGAGAGAUCAUGGGCAGAGAUCACACUCUCGAGUUCAUCUACAUGACCCGAUGGAGGCUACAUGGAGAGAAUACAUAUCCCAUGGUUCUCGAGUACCGGCCACGCAUCGACUUUGGCUGAACCACGAGUGCAAGAAGAGGACCACACACACACACACACACACACACACACACGCACACACACACGCACACACACGCACACACACACGCACACACACGCACACACACACACACACACACACACACACACACACACAAAGUCAUCCAUACAAAGCAAGCAAGACAUUAAGAACAUCUGCAUUUCCAAGAAUAAACUCCACACACACACACACACACACGCACGCACGCCAACCAUAUGCAGAGAAAGAAAUGUAUUUUUGUACAGCCAAUGAUGAAGUGCUUACGUUGUUAUGUUAAAGAGCUUUUAUGCUACAUAGAAUAAUAUAUGCUAUAAUAUAUGAUAUUUUUAAAUGUAUGUCCCUGUGCCUAAAAGAGCUGUUCGGAUCAGAAAUGAAGUAUGACCAUAUCUCCUCUUUGCCUGUCUAACUCUAACUGUAGAUUAAAUGUUGAUUUUCUACUG